UUGGUCUUUGAGCCUGAUCCAAGCAAAACAAAAAUAAGAAGAAUUCCACUCCAAGAAGAGAAAGAUGGGGACAACAAAUCAAGGGUGAGAUGAAGAAGAAGAAAAUCAAAAUAGGAAAAGAUGGUGGUGACAAAAGAGAGUAUUGUCAACCUUCACAAAAUUUACCAACAGUACCUUCAAGUAGAAGGCUCCAAAAGGAUGAAGAAGAUAGAAAAUCUUCUCAAAAGGCAAUGGAGAAAAGGGAUGUGGAGAUGCAGUUGUGGAAGGAUAAUUCUGAAACAUUGUUCAACAAUGUCAACAAUUUCUUGGUAAAUCACAAGGUUGGAAAGAAGGCAUCACUUGAUGAAGUUGAGAAUCAGAAGAGUUCUUCAAUUGAACAAGACGGAGAACCCGCUGUUGGAAGAACAGAGCAAGACUACUCAGCAAAAAAGGUUCCAAGGGAAUGCUUGAUACGUCAAGGAGACGUGAUGGUGAUCAAAAGAGAGUCACCAAGCAAGAAAAAGGGAUGCUUACCUCAUAGAAAAAGUGGAGCAUAAGUCGGUUAAAGAUUUAACCGAAGAUGACGUGGAGUAGAUUCACGCGUAAGACGUCAUGGAGACGUUUUGGUGAUCAAAGGGAGAUAUCAAGCACAAAAGGAGAAUGCUUACCUCAAAGAAAAAUAGAGCA